AAGGCUCUGACGUAGGCGGGAACGGAGGCUAGCAACAGUUGCCUUGAGACCCCCGCGCUCGCGCACCAUAGCGACUGUAGUCGUGGAGACCGUUUCUUACCAACAGCGUAGAGCAACAGCAGCAGCAGCAGCAGCGGAAACUGGAGCCGAGAGACAAAGUGUGUAUGUGUGUGUGUGUGUGAGAGAGUGUGUGUGAGAGAGAGAAAGAGAGGAAAAGACAAGGAAACAACCAGAAAGCUGCGAAACACAAGGACAGGCUUUAAACACACGUCAGCAACAGAGAGAGAAAGAGUGAGCGAGCAAGCAAGAGAGAACAUUAUGCAGAACUCAGAGGGCGGCUCGGAGGCAGCGUCCACAGUGGCACUACAGACAACAACUUCGGCCCAAGCGCCUGUUGUUCAACCUGUACCUCCGUCACAGCAGCGAGUGUUAGUCCAGGCCACAGGCUCGUCCCCAAAGCCACAGGUCCAGCAGCUGUCUAGAGUGCAACAGGUUCCUCAGCAGGUGCAGCAUGUACAGCACGUAUACCCCACCCAGGUGCAGUACGUCGAAGGAGGAGAGGCCGUCUACCCCAAUGGCACCAUCCGCACAGCGUACACCUAUAACCACGACGCCCAGCUUUACGGUCAGACCAGCGGUAACUCCUACUUCGACACCCAGUCAGGGCCGACGCAGGUCACCACAGUGGUGUCCUCGACCAGCAGCGUGCCCUCUCACGGCAUGGUGGGCAUCGCCAUGGACGUCGGCGGCAGCCAGGUGAUCUCCAGCAGCGGCGCUUAUCUCAUCCACGGGGGCAUGGACGGCCGUCAUCACACCACGCCGUCCUCCCGCUCUUCAUCCGCAAUGCUUGAAAUGGCGAUCGAAAACCUCCAAAAGUCAGAAGGAAUUGCUUCUCACAAGAGCAUCCUGCUCAACAGCCAUCUGCAGUGGCUGUUGGAUAACUACGAGACGGCGGAAGGUGUGAGUCUGGCACGCUGCUCUCUCUAUAACCACUACCUUCGUCACUGCCACGAACAGAAGCUGGAUCCAGUCAACGCCGCUUCCUUUGGCAAACUCAUCCGCUCGGUGUUCAUGGGGCUGCGGACACGCCGCCUCGGUACCAGGGGAAAUUCAAAGUACCACUACUACGGUAUCCGCCUGAAGCCCGACUCUCCUCUCAACCAACUGCAGGACGACACUCAGUAUAUGGCAAUGAGACAGCAGCCCAUCCACCAGAAACAGAGGUUUAAGCCGCUGCAGAAGAUGGGUGGGAUGGGUGAUUGCAUUUCCUUUGGUUCUCAGCACUCCAGCAGCACACCAGAGCAGAGCGUGGCGGCUCAGAGCCAACACCACCAACAGUACAUCGAUGUAUCACACGCCCUGCCCCCAUUUCCCUCUCUGGAUCUGGACUCCUGCCCGCUGCCGGAGCGCAUCACCAUGAAUGAUGUGAAGAAGCUUCAGAACAUCUACAGAGACCACUGUGAGGCUACCCUAGAUGUGGUAAUGAAUCUGCAGUUUCACUUCAUCGAGAAGCUGUGGCAGACCUUCUGGUAUUCAGCACUGCCCCCUAGUGACGGCACCACCACAAUCCCCAGUGAUGAGGAAAUGGAAGGCGUGAUCCCGAGGGAGAAGCUGAUUGCGCUGUGUAAGUUUGAGCCGGUGAAGCAGUGGAUGAGGAGCUGUGAUCACAUCCUGUACCAGGCCCUGGUGGAGAUCCUCAUCCCCGACGUCCUGCGGCCGGUUCCCAGUACUCUCACUCAGGCUAUUAGAAACUUUGCUAAGAGCCUUGAGGGCUGGUUGACGUCAGCGAUGAGUAACUUCCCCCAGGAGAUCGUCCGCACCAAGGCUGCAGUGGUGAGUGCGUUUGCGCAGACGCUGCGCAGGUACACCUCUCUGAACCACCUGGCGCAGGCGGCUCGGGCCGUGCUGCAGAACACGUCACAGAUCAACCAGAUGCUCAGCGACCUGAACCGCGUCGACUUCACCAACGUGCAGGAGCAGGCGUCCUGGGUGUGUCAGUGUGAUGAGAGCGUGGUGCAGCGUCUGGAGCAGGAUUUUAAGAUGACGCUGCAGCAGCAGAGUUCACUGGACCAGUGGGCUGCGUGGCUGGACAGCGUGGUGAAUCAGGUGCUGAGACCACACGAGGGCAGUCCCAGCUUCCCCCGCGCCGCACGCCAGUUCCUCCUCAAGUGGUCCUUUUACAGCUCCAUGGUGAUCAGAGACCUGACUCUACGCAGCGCGGCGAGUUUCGGUUCUUUCCACUUGAUCCGUCUGCUCUAUGACGAGUAUAUGUUCUAUCUGGUGGAGCACCGCGUCGCUCAGGCAACCGGAGAAACCCCUAUCGCUGUCAUGGGAGAGUUCAGUGACCUCAGCCUGAUGAUGCCGUCCCUCAUGGAGAAAGAUCCGUCAUUCUCAGAUGACAUGAGUGACAUGGGCACCGACUCAGACGUGGCCCGGGGGACGUGUGAACCCGCCGUGAAGAGAGAGAGAAUCGAGAUUAACCACACUCUGCAGGAGAUCUAAAGUGUGUGUGUGUGUGUGUAUGCGUGCGUGUUUAUAUGAGCAAACACCAGAAUCCAUCAUUCUGCUAGUGCGAGCUGAGAUAUAAACACUGUCUGUAUUCGUUUUGUUUGUGAGUAACUAAUGCAGUCUAGAGGCUUUAUAGCUUGUGCUUGAGGUUUGUUUCCUUUCUGCUUUCUUUUUUCUCCUCUUUCUUCUUCUUCUUGCCUCUGUAUGUGUUUUAAUUUGUGCCAUAGUGUCCUUUCAGUGCCUUAGAUGAGAGCAGUAACCCCUCGAGCACCCCGUGCCUGUCCUGCGGUAAAACCGUAUCAUCUCUUGAGCACCUUUUUGGGGGAAAAAAAAAAAAAACAAACCUCCAAAGUCCCCGCAGCCUCGUGUGCGAUCGCUCGGGUUACACGCAAAAACAAACCCUCGUUCACCCACCUAUCAGCAUCCCACAAAAAAAGGUCUUUUGAGAUGAUCCACGGAUCCCUCAGCUGCUUCUAUGCUGCGCUGUGUUUUUGUGUAGAGGUUUAACAGCCCGAGAGCUUGUCGGCGAGCGGCGAUACGUUCACGCCAGCGACUAACAAGCUACUACGUCGUGUGCUCGCGACACCGGAGCCCGGAUUUCUGUGAAAUUGGGAAGGAACUUUUUCUCAGUUUUACAUGAAUUAGUUACAAGACGAUUUAAAUGUUUAUAAAGACGUUACAAGGAAAAAUAAAAGCGCCGUCUCAGAGGUCUCGUGCGUGUGUGUGGGUGGGAACACGUUAACCCCCCUAGUUAGCUUCCUUUACUAAUCUAUUACAAAGUUAGUCUGAAGUCUAGCAAGUGUCCUGCAAAUCAACCAACAAAUACGUACAUGAGCUUGUGUGGAACCAGUUAUAUUUAUAUAUAUAUAUAUAAAAAAAUUAUAUAUAUAUAUAUAUAUAAAAUGUGUAGCUACCACGGUUUCUUUAGCAGGCCCCGCCCACAACGUCACUGAGAAGACCGGAUCGUCACCCGCUGGUCUGAACGCAGUCAACAAUAGUAAAGACCCAAAACGAGGCUUUUCAACGUUUCAGGGUUUUUGUAGGUUUUAAGGAGCAGGACGGACGGACGGAUGGAUGGAGGGAUGGACGGACCGACUGACACGUUCACCUGUAACUGAACAUCUGCUCUCGCUGCUCUGUUCCGAACACUCGGCUCUCGCACACAAGCCCGGGACGUUAAACCUUUUACAAGCUGUACAUUUGAUCAUUUUUAAUAGAUUCAAUAUAAAAAAUGUAAACACUUUAAAUGGAAUGAUUGUUAUUGUACGAUAUAAAUACUCAAGAUUUCUAGCUAUUUUAUAAAAACCUUUCGUUCACCUUUAAACUGAAAUAUGCACACACACAUCACCUCGGUGCUGGAUUUUUUUCCCCUCCUGCUUUUUUUUCUUCUCGUCCAACGAAAACGGAUCUAUUUAUAUUAAAAGUGCCGAUUUUUUUUUUCUUUCUUUCUUUCUUUCAGCUCUCGAUUAUUCGCGUUUAACCGAAACGUUUUCCCGGUCCGUCGCUCGCCUCGUGUUUUUUCUCCGUAUUUUCAGAUGCAGUACGAUUUAUUAUUAUUAUUUUUAUUUUUUUUUUCCCCUCCUAAAUUCGUACACCUCUCUUUCUUUUCCUGGGACGUGAUCUGUCGUCUCCGUGGCCUUUUCUCUCUCCCUCUAUUUACUGGUUAUGAGCGUUUCAGGAUGUUGGUGCGUUUAAGGAAAUUUGUGUAACUUGAUAAUAGAUUUUUUUUUUUUAUUGCUGUUUUAGAUGGAUUAUUUUUUAUUUUUAUGGGAGUAGAUUUGAUUCUUCUCACAACUCUAUUUUGUGGAGAAAAAAACAACAAAAAAACACCUUUCUUGAAUAUUCUUACCUUAGGCUGAGAACAGAUGCCGUCUGUAAUAAAAUCUUACUUCAGUUGUAUUUUGUACCGGUUUAAAAUAAAUAAAUAAAUAAAUAAAUAAAUAAACAAACAAACAA